CAGCGCCAUUCACAUCCCCGUCCCUAGGUAACCACCGCCCACCAUGCGCUUCUCCAUCAUCGCCUCAGUGCUGACCUACGUCACCGCCACCUCGGCCGCACUGUCAUGGUCGCUGCAGAAGGCCUCCAGCCCAACAGCGGACCAGUCCGACGCGUACACGAAGAUCGAGGCGGCGAUGAAGCUCGCCGUCGCGCGGUACGCGCGGUUCACGGACGCGAGCAAGACGAUCCGCGUGUACUACGCGCCGGGGGUGCCGACGGCCGAGGCCAGCUACAACGGGGACCUGCGCUUCGGGUCCGACCGCGCGUACAUGACCGAGCGCACCGCCAUGCACGAGAUCUCCCACACGCUCGGCGUCGGCCAGACCGCCGCCUUCGACCAGAAGUGCGCGUCCGGGGACUGGCCGACGGCGCUGCCGCUGUUGAGGUCGUGGGAUGGCGCGAGUGCGAAGAUUAGCUGUGGGGGGAGCCACUUUUGGCCGUACGGCCUGAAUUACGAGACCGAGUGGAGCGAGACGAAUGCGGAUCGCCAUGUCCAGUUGGUCGAUGCUAUGCUGGCGGAUGGGAUGUAA